AUGUAUUAUGUUAUUAGUUAUUAUAGCGUAGAUCCAGUACGCACAGCCGCACCCCCACACUCAGCACCGGCCACCGUCGCUCGUUCGCUGUGUAGUAUCUGGUGGUGUUGUAACGCGCCAGCGGCUGCCACCUCUGCGCCGGCGUGCGGGCUGCGCACCGAUUCGCUGCUUCCAGUGCAAGCGUCCAUGGUAGACGAGUCUCAAUUAAAACAUAUCAUCCCACCUUAA